AUGGCAAAUCAGCUACCACCAGCUCGUCCAUGGUUCCGGUUUUCUUCUACGAAUCGCCCUUCAGCCCCAGCACCAGCACCAGCACCAACCAUUUUGGCGCCUCAGGCUCAACCACCUGCUUGCCAGCCAAGGCCACCAUUUGUCCGACCCACAUUUAGGCCCCCAGUAGCCCGACCUCCAGCACCACCUGUUGCUGCACCACCUCCUGCCACCACUUAUGUGUCAUCGUCAUCUCCAACCAUCAAAGUUUCCCCUUCUUCAUCUUCUCUGCCAACUUCUCCAGCACCAAAACCAUCACCAAAAUCCACAGUUCCUCAAGUUGCAUCCUCUUCUUCACUGUCACCAUCUCCUAAAAAACAAGUACUUUCAGCUUCUUCAUCUUCAUUGCCCACUUCUCCAGCCCCCAAAGUAAUGUCACCACCGGCACCACCUUCUUAUAUCUCUGCCACCGCUGCCUCCACCACCACUGUCAAUGCUCGUGCCGCCACCCCACCAUCCUCUCCAAAAUCUGCCCGUUUCUACUCCACCAGCUCCUCUGUUCCUUCCUCCUGCCCAAAUAAAGUUUGUUGGACGUAUUCAGAUUCCGAAAAUUUUGGGGUGAGAGUUAUAACAAUUGCAGGUGAAAACAGAGGUGCUAUUAUGGAAUUGAGCCCUUCCCUCCGCAACAAAGGCAAUCCCACAGCUCUGAACAACAACGGUGAGAAAUUGGAAAGAGAGAGUAAUGAAGAAGGGAGGUCAAAGAUGAAGGACAAAACUCACAAAAUGGUGUGGCCAUUGAAGACUACAUUCAUGAACAGCAACGUCCAGGGUGCGAGCAAUUCGAUUCUCUUGGACUGUUCUUUCACUCACCACGGUCCUGGUGUCCACCACUCUCUCUCUGGUAAGGCCAACGGUGGCCGUGGAGCUCAGCUAAACGACUAA